UCCGCAGAGGACGCCUGCCGCGAUGUCCGAGACCGCUCCCGCCGCCGCGCCCGAUGCGCCCGCGCCCGGCGCCAAGGCUGCCGCCAAGAAGCCGAAGAAGGCGGCGGGCGGCUCCAAAGCCCGCAAGCCCUCGGGCCCCAGCGUCACCGAGCUGAUCACCAAGGCCGUGUCCGCCUCCAAGGAGCGCAAGGGGCUCUCCCUGGCCGCCCUCAAGAAGGCGCUGGCGGCCGGCGGCUACGAUGUGGAGAAGAACAACAGCCGCAUCAAGCUGGGGCUCAAGAGCCUCGUCAGCAAGGGCACCCUGGUGCAGACCAAGGGCACCGGCGCCUCCGGCUCUUUUCGGCUUAACAAAAAGCCCGGAGAAGUGAAAGAAAAAGCCCCGAAGAAGCGGGCAGCGGCAGCCAAGCCCAAGAAGCCGGCAGCCAAGAAGCCAGCGAGCGCCGCCAAGAAGCCUAAGAAGGCAGCGGCAGUGAAGAAGAGCCCCAAGAAAGCCAAGAAGCCGGCGGCCGCCGCAGCCAAGAAAGCGGCCAAGAGCCCCAAGAAGGCAGCCAAGGCUGGCCGCCCCAAGAAGGCAGCGAAGAGUCCGGCCAAGGCGAAAGCGGUGAAGCCGAAGGCUGCUAAGCCCAAGGCGGCCAAGCCUAAAGCAGCCAAGACAAAGAAGGCGGCACCCAAGAAGAAGUAAAUGAUACUGGAAGAGUCCUGCUCUACACGUUUUGUUAUCCAACGGCUCUUUUAAGAGCCACCCACACUAUCCCUAAAGGAGCUGAGGCACCAAAGUCGUCAGUAACCUGCAGCAAGGAUAACCUGCAGCAACCUAUAAUUCGUAAGUCGCCCGAGGUUAAAUGUAUCUUUAUUUUUUUUUCUUUCCCUUUUUUCUCCCUACGAGUACUGAAACAAAAACUAACAUGCACGGUAUAGCGCGGCGGCUUUAGGGAAGUGCAGAUAUUUGCAUAUAUAUAUUUCCUUUAAUUUUUUUUUUUUUUUUUUUUUUUGAGGAGUAAUUCGGUUGACUUUACCAGGAAGAAAAGUUUUAUAGUAAUUUGAUGUCACUUUUUUAAUGUAUUUUGUAACAAAAGUAGUGCAGUUGUCAGGCACGCUACUACUGAGCCAUGUAUAAUCCAUUGUAUUUCUAAGGUGUUGCCUUUAAAUGUUUUUGUCUAUUCGUAUGGGGGGAUGAAGGGGGAGAGGAACCUCACCGACCAGGAAACAUCACUGAGCUCUCCUAACCUUUGUUCCUGUUGAAAAAAGAGGUAUUGGAAAAGCCCGCCCUGACCAAGGAUUGGCCAGAGGAGAGCCCAGCCCGCUACCCCUUCUCCCGGCACCCUUCCUCCCCGAAGAAGAUCACGCCUUACGUCUCCGGGCUGAUUCGGCCUCUCGCACGGGAGGGAAAGGGGAGGAGGGGAAUGACGGGGGGCGGAGGGGGCGGAGGCGCUCACGGUAACGCAUUGCUCCAGUGUUCUGUGAUUUAAGAGCUGAUUGUGUCAUAUCGCAUACCAGAAGGAACUUUCGUUGGCUGGGCAUUCUGGCACGGUUUUAUUUUACUGAAAAGGUUGAAAACACUGUUAUUUUCUCAAGCCAAAUGUUCCGAUAAUAAAAGUAUGAAAAAAAAGAGAAAGAAAGAAAACAGCACGGGUUGAGUAAUUCAUAUGCAACUGAGUAAAUAUACUGUAGAAAACUUAA